GUUAUCUCCGGCACGGUCACACCGGUGAUAGCGUCUUUAAAUGUUGUAAAAAUCAAGCGAUUUUUAGCUGAACGAAAACGCGAUUUUCGAGCGCAUCCAGGUAAUUAGGAAGACGAACUGGGUGCUCGUGCCGAGCCAGGAAUUGUCCGAAUCGAAAGGUCGCCACUAACUGGUCCAAAUAAAGGCGAUUAGGCCAAAUAAACCGUGUGGCAAACGUGCGUUCCUUUCGUUUUCUCCUUUUCGUGGGAAAUUCGCAACGGGCGGCAUUCCGCGAAAAUGGACAUAUUUGAUAUGGUAAAAGCGGCGCCGCCGCCGCAAACAAUAAAUCCGGUGGAGCGAAAGAUAUCCACCCCGUCGCCGAUACCGCCCGAUUCGCCGCUGGACUCAAUAGACCUCCUGGACGGUGGAAUUCUAUCGAACGAGGAUGAUUUGGACAAGGAGGCGGAUCUGGACGAGUCACCUUUUCAAAUACCCAGACGAGAGUCCAGUGACAACCUACAUCAUAACUCAGACGAAUCGUUUUUCAAAAUGCCAAAAAGGAUGAAGAAAAAUGAUGAAAUCGAGGAAAUGGACGAAGCUGUGCAGAUGGUAAGCCAAUUCAAAGAUGAGAAGGAGGCUGGCACAGCGUCGACGAAACCUAAGAAAGGCGUGGAACUGGACAAGGCUAAAAAACCGGGUCCUCCUCUAAAACCGCACAAGAAAAGGACAGCCGAGCCCGAGUUGCAGAAGAAGGCUGACGACGACGAGGAGGAUGAGGAGUCGGAGGACCACCAACUGACCACCAUGCCCACCAAGACCAAGGCGCAGCAGAAGAUGUUCACCGAUCAGCCGCUGGCCAAGCCAAAUUUCGAUAAGGAGUGCGUGGUGCGAGUGCGUCGUCUCAAACAGCAGGAAAUCGACUCGGCCCUUGAAUCCGUGGCCAAUUCACCCUUUGCCGAUGUGGUCGACGCUCCCCAGAGAAGCCGGGGGCGUGGCAGGCCCAAGAAGAACACCCAAUUGUCGCCCAAGGUUCAGAAGUCGCUGCCCAAGGGUCAGAAGUCGUCGCCCAAGGGUCAGAAGUCAUCGCCCAAGCCUACGUGCAAGCCCAAUUUCCACAUCAAAGUUCCUCUGCAGAAUGGCGCCAAGAAGCGGGCCUCGCAGCAUUUGGCGCGCACUCACACACCGCCGCCCAGUUUGGUCAGGCGCCAGAUGAAGAAACAGACACCGGUCCCCCAGGUGCCCAAAGCCAGACCAAAACCCAAACCGAAGCCCAAGUCAAAGACCAAGCCGAUUCGCGGAUGCCAUGCCAGUCAGGCUUUGAUCGAGCGCUUUGGAGUGCGCUUCUUUAACAGCGUGGUGAGGGUCAAGAGGCUCCACUGGCCAACGAGUGGCCACAAGGGGCUCGCCUGCGGUGCGCGGCUCAUUGGCGGGGCCAAGAAGGGCCGCCCCCCGAAGGCCAACAAGUCGGUGUCCUUCAGUGAGGCCGUGGAAAUCCUGGGCAGCAGCGAGGGCAGCUCGCGUCGGGCGACAUUCGGCUCGAUCUCAUCGAAAUCGCCCAAGCCGACACGCCUGCAGCGGGUGGAUGCCACCGGGAAUGUGCUGGAGGAUAUAGCUCUGACCUCCACACCGCUUCUACCUCCGAUCGCCACCGGCUCCUCGGCAUCUGCUCCCGGAGGACUGCGCGGCAAGGGCAAGCGCCGCUCCUGCAACGGUUCGCCAUUGCCGAUGGCCAAACGUCUCAAGCGAUCGCACCAGCGUCUGCCGCUCUCCAGUUUGGCCAGCCUGCGCCUGGACGAUGGGCCCAAUGCUGGCGAGGAUGAGGACGAGGAGUACAUAGUGCCCAACGAACUGCCAGGCAUUCAGCGACCUGGAACGCCUCCGCCCAAGAAAAAAAGGAUAACGUUCACCACGACCAUCAGCGACGAUGAGGACGAAAAGCCGUUUGUAAAAAAGCAAAAGGAUAUCCCCAAAAAGCCACCAAAACCCCUCAAAGAGAGCUUCAACAAAAAGCCUGAUAAAUCGCUUAAGGAAAAGGAGAAGGCCGACAAAACGCUUAAAGAAAAGGAGAGAACAAAGGAAAUGUCAAAUGAGAUUGUAAAGGAAGAGCUUUCCAUAGUCACAGCGGAAGUUGUCGAUGCCGCCACCAAUAAAGUGGAAGUCAAAGCCGCCAGCGAGGAGGAAAACAAGCCAGUGGUGGAGGAAAUUCAGUCACAAACGGAAGAGAACGACAUAGACGCUGUUGAAACAAAUGAAGUAGAAAGAGACGGAGAGGCACCAGCACCAGAUGCAACAGAGGAAAAUACAGACUUAAGUGGCGAACCUGGGGAAAAUGUUGAAGACCAGCCGGUGGGAAAUGCAGAAGACAAGUCAGGGGAAACAGUAGAAGAAACGGAAGAAAAGGCCGAGCAGGUAGUCUCAGCUGAAAAUUUGGAUGAGGAAACUGCAGUGGAAACUUCUGAAGACCUCAAUGCAAGCGCCCAAAAACCCGCAGAACAAGAAGAACAAAUGGAGGAAGUGGGGAAGGCGGAGGAAGACGGUAGGGAAUUUUCAACUCCCCCACCACAGCUUCCGUCCACCAACACCACAACCAACACCACCACAAUCAACACCACAACCAAUACCACCACCAACACCAAAACCAACACCACAAUCAACAACACAAUCAACACCACAACCAACACCACCACAACCAACACCACCACCACCAACACCACAACCAAUACCACCACAACCACCACCACUGAAGACAACCAGGAUGAUGUGCUGGAGAUCCAGACGUCCCUGGACGAUGUCCGUCAGUUGCACACGCCCUUAUCCCGCCAGAGUACGCCCAAGCAGCGCAGCCGCCUCGAUUCGGGGGAUUCCGACUGCAGCUUUAAGUCCGCCAGCGAUCACGGUAAGCCACAAGCAGCUGCUGGAGCUGCUCCUGCCGAAGAGGAGGAGGAGGAGGCCAAGCCAGCAGCGGUAUCCGUCGGAGCAGAGGAAGAACAACCAGCGGAUGCGAUCGUCGCCGACGACGCCCUCGAUCCCGGCGAACUGCCCGCGGAGCUGAUGACGACCCCGCCAUCGGCGACCAGGACAGUGAAUGGCAGCAACCCCACCAGCGGAUCCAGCAUAUCGACGCCCUUCUACUCGCCCAUCGAGCCCAUGCCCACACUGGAUGACGAGGUCCUGGGCCAGCUAGUUGAGCCCGACUUCCAGCUGAACUCCAGCCGCCAUGCCAUCUCCAGGGGCACGUUGGACGACAUAAUGACUGCGUUAGAAUCCUAGGAAGCUGGCAAAUUGCACAACAAAGUACUCACAGAAGCAUUCACACACUCACAAUAGCAAUCACACACAAAAGCGACUAAGUUUGAGCUUAGUCUGGAUUUUUAAUAACAUCCCUAUUAAGAUCAACAAAUAGUCGUAUUGAUAUUUUUAAAAACACUUUCAUUUUUAUGAUGGGUACCAAAAGUGGCAUAUAUUUAGGGUACAUUUUUGUAAAAGAAUGUAAAUGGUGCAAAUUUAAAUAAUUUGCACAUAAAUAAGUUGCUGAUCUAGUCAGCUUACAGGACUUGAACCGAUGGAUCCACACAAACUCACUCACUCAAUUUGCAAUUUUGCGCAAAACAGUGGAAAUAAAUGAAUUAGUAAGGGAAAUUAAAACAAAAUAUGAGAUUUAAUAUCUAAUGUUUAAGUUGCUUAAACAGAUCGUUAUGUUAGUUUUACAAAAAAAAAGAAACGAAGACGCAAUGUUCGUUUGUUCAAACUCUAACAUUUUUUUUUUUAAUUGAAAACUAAUAAGUUUAAAAAC